GGCUGUGAGCUGUGGGAUACUUGCCCCCCUGCGCUGUUUGUGCGGUUUGUUCCCAGUUCGGGGUAACACGGCUCUGCAGGAUUCCUGACAGUAUUCUCACUCUGACAGCCAACCUGCUCACUUGUUGGACUGACUUUCCCGAGAGGUUCCACUCUGAAGAACAACGUGUUUAUGGAUCGCUGCGCAGGGCAGACCUCCGGGAGUUGUCGGCUCUGCAGUUCUUCAACGAUCAUGUUGAUUCCCCGCUGUUGCUUUGUGCUUUAAUAGAUGCUUUGACAAAGUACUGAGUAACAUUUUGAAAUCAACUUUGUUCAGCUCAGACCAGCUCACAGCUCUGAGGAAAGUGGGAAGCGCCUUUUCGCCCGUCCUCCUUUCUGCUUUCCUCCAAGACGUCAGGACGGAUCUCUACCGCGCCCUCCGAUUUCUUCUGUGAUUUAAACAGAGGUAAAGUGUUUGGGGAUAGCAUGGCAAUGGUAGUAAACCAGUGGUCAGAGAACAUUUCCGCAGAUCCGGGCUCCCAGUUGCAGAUGUGCGGCCAGGAGCCCGGCGGAGGACCGGGGACUCCUAAUGGUUCCACCCCGGGGAACGAUGCGCUCUCCGGGGACAAGCUCCCCAACGUGGACUGCAUGGUGUGCGGGGACAAGUCCAGCGGGAAGCACUACGGCCAGUUCACCUGCGAGGGAUGCAAAAGCUUCUUUAAGCGCUCGGUGAGGCGGAACCUGACGUACACCUGCCGGGGUAACCGAGACUGCCCCAUCGACCAGCACCACCGAAACCAGUGCCAGUACUGCCGGCUCAAGAAGUGUCUCAAAGUCGGCAUGAGGAGAGAAGCUGUACAGAGAGGACGCACGUCUAACUCGCAGAGCAGCCCGGGACAGUACCUGACCAACGGCACCGACCCGUACAACAGCCAGCCUUACCUGUCGGGCUUCAUCUCCCUGCUGCUGCGCGCCGAGCCCUACCCCACGUCCCGCUAUGGGGCCCAAUGCAUGCAGGGAAACAACCUGAUGGGCAUCGAGAACAUCUGCGAGCUGGCGGCUCGCCUGCUCUUCAGCGCCGUGGAGUGGGCCAAGAACAUCCCCUUCUUCCCUGACCUGCAGCUCAUGGACCAGGUGGCGCUGCUGCGCAUGUCGUGGAGUGAGCUCUUCGUCCUGAACGCGGCCCAGUGCUCCAUGCCGCUCCAUGUGGCACCUCUGCUGGCAGCAGCCGGCCUGCACGCUUCGCCCAUGUCCGCCGAGCGCGUCGUGGCCUUCAUGGACCACAUCCGGGUCUUCCAGGAGCAGGUGGAGAAGCUGAAGGCCCUGCAGGUCGACACGGCUGAAUAUUCCUGCCUCAAAUCCAUCGUGCUCUUCACGUCAGAUGCCAUGGGGUUGUCGGAUGUCGCCCAUGUGGAGAGCAUCCAGGAGAAGUCCCAGUGUGCUCUGGAGGAAUAUGUGAGGAACCAGUAUCCGAGCCAGCCGAACCGGUUCGGGCGCCUCCUCCUGCGCCUGCCCUCUCUGCGUAUUGUCUCCUCACCGGUCAUCGAGCAGCUGUUUUUCGUGCGCCUGGUGGGCAAGACGCCUAUUGAGACAUUGCUCCGAGACAUGCUGCUGUCCGGCUCCAGCUACAACUGGCCCUACAUGCCCACAGUGCAACGCGAGCGGCCCCUCUCCCUCCACUACAAUGAGAACGGACCCUGAGGCCCAGUUACAAAGGAGACGCUCCAAGAGAAACAUCCCACUUUCUUUCUUUCCCUUCAUUGUCUGCAGUCCACUUUUCAGCUUUCCCCUCAGGAAGCGUCUUCCUCACCAUUCCAUCCAUGAGACUCUUGAAACGUUGCCAUCCCGGUUACACAAGCCAGCCAGUCAGUCAGUCUUCGUUGCCGAUUCAAAGACUCAAUGGCCUCUCGAAGUCCCUGAACUGAUAGCAUGCGGUCUUCUUUUUGAGAGGUGGCAUGAGCUGGACAGGUUGCUGCACAGUUCACCAGCAGGUCUGUUGGACUCUCUUCAGAUGUCGGUCUCUAAACUGUGCAAAUUUGCCUAAAUCUUGGUGCAAUGCCUACACUUACACAGCAUGGCUGAAUCUGAGCAGGGACUUUGCUAUUUGAACUCUACAGCCAAGAGCACGAGGUCUGAGUAUAUGUAUAUGUAUAUAUAUAUACACACUACAUUUUGAAAGCAAACCAGAAGCCAUUAAGAGAAGACAAAUGCCAAAAUGUCUUGAAUUUUUGCAGAUGACAUGUUAUAUUGUGUGUUGUUUUAGCACUGUUUAUAUGGAGAGAUAACUCAUGAUUGUGUCCAUAUGUAUAGUAUAUCAUUGAUUCAUUGGCAUCUAAGGCAUCUUUGGGUUCACUGAAUUAAAAAGCUCAGGUUUCUUGGGAGGGGGGAGGUGACAGACUAACAGCCUUGUCAGUAUUGGGUGCUGGUUGUGCUGCUCCUUUGUCACUUUGAUGGUUUGUAGUUUUGGUCACUUUUUGCACCCAGAUCUUAAUGGGGAAGAAAGGAAGCCAUCUGCCAUGGGCCUCGUCAUCCAUGUCUUUAGGUCUUUUGGUGCCUGCUUUGACAUUCACCGAUUUAAAAUAAUCUUCAAUAUCUUUAUAUUUACUGGAGUUAUGUGACUCCUGUAUUAAUUGGUUAGACGUCAUAUCCUUUCACAUGUUUUUAGAUAAGAACCACAAUGGAAAUUUUCCCUAAAUAAUUGAAAUUAUGAAAAUAAUAAUUUAAACUUAAAACUAUUAGAUUGUGUCACCAGAAAUCUCAUCAUAAAAAAUUUGAACAGGAUUAUCAUUUAUUUUCAUAUUUCCCUCAUAAAAUGCUAUCCAGUUGCAGUCAGGUUUAGUUUAUUCAGUGAAAUAAACAUUCAAGAAGCUCUUACCAAUUAUUAGUUUUAUGUGUGGUAGGAUUCUUGGUAACUGGUGGAAACUAUAAAUGGCAAAAAAAACAUGGCUGGUCAUAAGUGCUGUAAUUAAAUAUUAAAAAACUGUUGCGUAGUUGGAUCCCAGUUAGCUGGAAACUGGUUUGUUCAGUCAAGACAGCCAUAUUUAAAUGAAUUAGAUUGUAUUUGAUUAUUUGUAGUUAAAAACCUUACAUACUUAGACUGGUCAAACAUGACCCGGAUAUUUCUACACUGGACAGAGAGUCUGUAAACCUAAAGUUGUCAGUUUGUAAAACCUUUAUUUUGUUUGUGUAAACAAAACAGAACAGCAUUUAUUGUUUUUUGGCUUUAAAACCACUUGUCAGAGUUGAGCGUGAAAUGCGCUUUAUAAACUGAAUUAUUUUACACAUCACAGAUUUUUUAAAUCAGUUUGUCAUCUGCAAAACUUUUACUAUAUUAACAUGCAAAUAGAUCAAUUACACAGCUAUUUAUUGGCAUCCUUCAGUAGGUUCCUACUUGAAAACUGCACUCAUACGUUCCUGUGAUCCAGAUUUGGCGUAUUUUCUGUCUGUGGUGUCAAACCCAAAUCACAGUACUAUGUGAUGCCGUGGCAUGGCAUGGUACUUUGAGUUAGAUAAAUAAUAUUUCAACAUUGCCUUCUUUAGCAUAUAUAGUUUGAUCACCACUUAACCUAGACUGCCAUAAAUUUUUUGGACAUGACAAAAAAAAAAGAUUAUGCACCAUGAGGACCAUAUUUCUGAGCCAGCCACAUAUAUUGCACAUAUGUACAACCGGUACCAAAAGUAUGCUCCUGCUUCUCUAGUUUUGCAUCAACGAAUGGACAAGAUGUACCGGAUAACUAUUUUUUAUCUGAUUUUACACUAUGCAGGUGCACUGAUGAUUCACUCACCUGGCAUGGUGAACGCUUGAAGUGACUCCAACUGAUUGAAGCCUGACCUAGUUUUUGAUUUAUUUAGCUUAUACAUUUUUCACAACUUGGGGGCACUCAUAAAAGCAUGAAAUAUAAUUCUCAGAUGGUCAGUUGAUCGCUAAAUAUGGAAAAAUAUUGAGAUUACACGGUAUCCGCGCAGAAAAAGUAAUAUACCCCAUCCUGAUGCUGGAGAACACCGUGAAUCUACACUCUUGGUCCUGAUUCUUAAACAUUAUACAAAGUAAAUACCCAUUAAAAGCAGCACAUAAACUUCAAUUAUAUACAUUUUUGCAAAUUUAGACGCAUGUUUAGUAUAUGUUUAACACCUACAUGGUAAGAUAAAAUCAGCAUGAUAGCAAGUUUAAAUUUACGUAAGCUUGUUUCAUACAUACCACAUAAUUCUUAUAAAUUCAAAACUACCAAGAGCAACAGGAAGACGGUAGGUAGAUAGGAAAAGGAAGUAGACAUGGAUGCAAAGGGUAACACCGGGAGAGGACUUGGCAGCAGGAAGUGGCAAAGGAGCAAAGUACCCAGAGCCGUCAGUAUUAGCUCAGAGCAAAAAUACAAACCCAACAAAUUUUACACUUAUGUGCAACCUGUGCCAAAGCUGACAUACAUGUACUUUUGAAUUUAUCCAUAGCAGUGUUGGAAAAUAAAGUUUUGGUUUGUCUUUAAUUUGACUGCAUUUGUUUGGACUCUCAGGUUAAGCGAAUAAAUGUGUAAAAUAAAAUAAAAAGUAAGUAAAGAACACAAAUGAAAGCUUUGGCACUUGCACUGUGAUCUCGUUAGACCUGACACUUAUUCACGCUUGUAAAAUCUCAGCACUGGUGGAAUAUUUCUACCGUUACCCCCAUUUGAUGAAAAUACAUAUUUAGGUAUUCAGAAGGCUCACUAGAACUCCCUUAAUGUUGCUGUCCCAGGAGGCAGCCACAUCACUGUUCAUCUUUGUUGUAUUUUUUUGUAAUGAUUGUCAGUAUUGGACCUUUUAGACUUUAGGUGGGAAGUGUCUUGGGGGGGCAAUUUACAGAACUAGCUGUAUUUGCCUUAGAAUAAAGAUUUGUCACUGAGCAUUUAUCUUAUGACUGUGCCAUAAUCUCUCGUUACCUGUUAUAACAGGUAUUAUCUUCUGUCAGGAGUGGAAAGAAGCUCACAUGAUGUUGAAAUGGAACGUGCGUUUGCAAAGGACAUAAUUGUGGAGUAUCUUUAUGCAAUAAUUAGACAUUAGAAGAAAAAUAAAAAGGAACUAUUCUCUGCUUUAACAUCAAGAGCACUUUUAGUUUUUAGACAUCAUGGAAGUUGUUUUUUCCACUUCUGGGUGAUAUUGUUGUGUAGGGAAAAACCCCUAAACUCAUGUCAUUUGAGCUUAUCAUGUGGAGUAAUGUAUCACUAACCUCUGAAAACCUCAGUCUGUGUUGCAACACUUUUCCUGUUGGACUUAGGACUGUGUUUUAAUGUAGGAAUACUUUAAGUUUUUUUUUCCUUUGUUCUCUUGUUGGAAAAAGUUUGUUUAUGUCAUAUUUCCAACAUGACACCGUAGGAUCAACGUCAAAUAUCAGUAUUGAAAAAGCCAUCAGGGACCUGAGAAAGUUGUGUGUCGGUAAAUAAAUUCACAGAAAGUUUCUAAGAGUUUGUUUUUAUCCCUUUUGCUUUUGUUUGGAAAUAUUGAUUAUCCAUUAAUUAAAAUAAAGUUUUGUUCACACUGUA